AUGCCCGCCAAAAUGAACGAGAUCAUCCAAAUAUGCCAACACCAUCAAAUCAAAAUUAUUGAAGAUGCCGCCGAGGCUUUGGGAUCCGAAUAUCAAGGCCAAAAAUGUGGCGCUUUGGGCGAUUUUGGGGUGUUGUCGUUUAAUGGCAAUAAAAUCAUUACCACAUCGGGUGGGGGGGCUUUGGUAUGCAAAACCGCCGAAGACAAACAAAAAGCGGUGUUUUUGGCCACCCAAGCCCGAGAUUCAGCACCGCACUAUGAGCACACUCAAUUGGGGUAUAAUUUUAGGAUGUCCAAUAUAUUGGCGGGCAUUGGCCGUGGGCAAAUGCAGGCAUUGGAUGAACGGGUGGCUCAAAAACGACAAAUCAAUGCCCAAUACCGCCAAAUUUUGCCGUCGUAUGCGUUUCAAGAUGAAUCGGUUGAUGGCAGGUCCAAUUAUUGGCUAACGGCCAUCAUCACCCAAUCGUAUGAACAACGCGAGGCCAUCCGCUUGGCAUUAGAACAAGAUAAUAUUGAGUCUCGCCCCUUGUGGAACCCGAUGCAUUUACAACCCUUAUAUCAACAUUCAACCCAUUACCUAAAC